AUGGACUCUAUUCAGAACAGUGACGAUCAGCCUCCAAAGCUAAAGGCCAGAGGCACACACACUCUACUGGCAAAACACCUGAAUGGCAAGCAGCAAGAGUGGGAUGCCAUAGCCUCGCAGAAAAGUCCAUUAAGUCUCCUCGAUCUCCCUGUCGACAUAUUGCAGGCACUCCUUCGAGAAUUGACCCAUACUAAUGAUCUGACCUCGCUUGCUCUCACCCACCCCGCCCUGCACGCCCUGGUCAUACCCCACAUCUAUUCCAGAUUCGACAUUGUCUGGCCCGACGCAAAUGCCACCUUUGAAAACCGCAUGGGUGUAGAUGCCCUCACGUAUGGCUUGGCCACUCUGGUCAUGGCCCAGGACGUCUUUGGAGAAGCUCCUUACCAACAACUCGCCCACCACACCUGUGAGAAUUGUGGUCAACUCAGUCAGCCCGCCGACCAGCCCUCCAGCAAGCCUCACACCAUCCGUCGUGGGAAUUACUUUGCUCAGUAUACCCGAAAGUUCAGCCUGGGCAACGGUCCGGCAGACUGGGUUCAAGAGUAUCUCAUCACCAAGGAAGGCGGGAAGAUGCUUGGGACACUCGUCGCCCUGGCCGUGGGGAGAAUGCGGAAUCUAGAAGCCUUCAUCUGGGACAUGCCGACGGGCGUGCUCCGAGAUGUCUGGCUGGCUCUGGCUUCACUGGGAAACCGGAACGAUGGUCAAGAAUGUCGCCUGGAACGGGUGUGGGUUCGAUGGCACGACAACCAAGAUCAAGGGCCCUUGGCUUCUCCUCCACCCCCGGGCGCUGGGCUUGGUCCACAGGCCUCGAAUCUGCCUUCCAUUCUGGCCAACCACGCCACCUCUCUCUUUCAGAUUCCGCCCUACCCGAGGGUCGAGUUUCCCACGUUUUCCAUACUGCCGCCGCUCAAGAGCCUCAGUGUCCUCGACAUCGAUGAACUCCCUUAUGCAGAAGAAAUGAGUGUCCUGAUCGAAAGAUCGCUCGACCGGUUACAAGAAUUGCGGAUCGGGAUGGCGUCGCAUGCCCAGUUUGACAUCUGGGCUCGACCUGCCGAAGAUCGGGCUCCGGUCUUACCUCCUCUGAUGCCCAGCAUGGGUGACCAAUCUCCUCGACCGGGAGGUCUCUUGGGCAUCCUCGUUCACCGGUUCUGUGACGCUUUUUCUCAUCAAAAAGUGGACCAGCCCACGUCGGUCGAUUCUAGAAACUCCUCGGUCGCUGAGCUCGCCGAGGCAGCUCCAGUGCAGGAGGCAAAAGAGAACGACGCGGAGACCCCCAUCGGUUACCCAGAGGUCAAUCAGCUCGGAGUCCUCCUGUCCGCGCACAGCAUUCAGGAUGACGAUGCGUCCAAUCUCCCGGUCACCGCGACCAAGCGAACCGCCUACAAUCAGCUCUCAGCACCCACUCCGAGUCAAACACCCACCAUGGCUGGCCCGUUCCAAGACUCCUCCAAAGAUGACGGCGGCAGUAUACGAAAGCUCCAAUUGGAAACUCUCGAGAUCGAACGUGUCUAUUUGUCCAUUGCCGUCAUGUCCAAGGCACUCGACUGGUCAAGGUUAAAGACCCUCACUUUGUUGGGCUGCCGGAACCACGAGCAAUUGUGGAAGGCUCUGCGUAAACGCUACACCCCCACCAGUCGUCGAAGGGUGUCCUUGACUCCCUUUCGACCGCCGGCCGGUGGCAGUUCUGGUGUGCUCACACGGUCCCAAACCGGCACCCCCGUCUCAAGUUCGAGGUCAGAUUUUGAUUAUCCCUUGAAACUGAAAAGACUGCACACGGAUGCCGUGUCUCCUUCUCUCAUUGCGUUUGUCAAGGACACGCUGGCACCUGACAGCCUCGAGUGGCUCUUUCUCCAAGAAAACACGUCCUACAAAUCGCCCGUCUCGAUCGACAUGAUCUACCGUGGAGCCAUCCGGCGGCAUCGUUCCAGUUUGACCAAGCUACUCAUCGACAGCACCCUCCGAAGCGAAGAUCCCGAAACUCCGGACAGCAAUUGGCGCCGAUGGGUGUUUAGUCGAGAACUGAUUACGUGCAUCACGAGUGGGAAGAUGAAGUUGAGAGAACUGAGCAUGUCGAUUGACUACAAAGACUGGCACUAUUUUCUCCGAAGACUGCCGAAUGCCACCACCUUGAGGUCCCUGCACAUCGCCCACAUCGCCGAGCACGUCAAUGGAAGUGUACAUUCCCGCGAAGCCGCGCUGCAGGUACUGGAUAUUGUUGCUCUGAGGCCCGAGCUCGAGCUGUGCUACCUGGGUAUUCAGCAUCAAUGUUUCGAGAUUCUGGAGUAUGCCAACGCCCGCAACGGUUCCAGUGGAGGACAGUCUCGACCUGGAGGCGGCGGGCAUUCCGGCGACGAUGUGGAGACCGACCACGAGACGGCGGGACCUGCCCACACUCAUCACGUGCAUCACCAUCAUCCGCAUGCCCAUGUGAAUGCACAGCAUGACUCCCACGACGACGAUGACGGAGGGGACACGAACGACUCGAGUGACUUUGAAGGGGUGUCCGAUUCGGAAGACACCAUGAGCGACGAAGAAGAUGCCGAAGGAACCCGCGCCAAUAACAUCAAGCCGACAUGGAGGCUGAGGGAGAUUCUUUUCUACGAUGACAAAAUCUCGGUAUUCAAGGCCAGGCACGGCAGGCUGUAA